CUAGCAAGAGGUACCCCCCCUCUACAAGUCCAAGAUGGUCCGUGUGCUCUCGCUCUCCGCCGCCGCCGCCGUGGCCGUGCUGGCAUCCUCGACCGCCGCGCUGGACCAGAAGCUCUACGGCAUCAACUACGACCUGCGCCAGGGCCCCGACUGGGACCCGAGCAAGUGCAAGUCCGCGGACACCAUCGCGUCCGACCUCAAGGUCCUGAGCACCAUCACGUCCAACGUGCGCACGUACAGUCUGUCGGACUGCGACGUCUCGGGCGUGCUCACGGCCGCCAAGAAGCUGUCGCUCACCGUGUGGCUCGGCGUCUGGGUGUCCGAGGACUCCAAGGUCUACGACAACGAGGUGAAGGCCUUCAAGGAGCUCAUCAGCGCCGGCCUCAUCGACAGCAACGUCGUGGGAAUCAACGUCGGCAGCGAGGCCGUCUACCGUGAGGACAUCACGGCCGAGCAGGCCAUCGAGUACGUGACCGACUUCAGGAAGGUCAUGGCGGACAACGACAUCAGCGUCCCGGUCAGCAUCACGGACAUCGUCGACACGUUCGUGCAGUACCCGGACAUGCUCAAGGCUGGCGACAUCGUGACCAUCAACCAGUUCCCCUUCUGGGAGAAGACCCCGGCCAACAAGGGCGCCGCCCAGUUCAACAAGCGCAUCCAGCCGCUGCUCAAGCUGGCCGGCGACAUGGAGGUUAUUAUCAGUGAGACGGGCUGGCCCACGGGCGGCACGGCCACCAACGGCUCCGUGGCUUCGGAGGAGAACGCUGCCAUCUACCUGAACGACUUUUACGAGCUGGCGGAGGCCAAGAAGUGGAAGUACUACUACUUCGCGGGCUUCGACACGCCCUACAAGGAGAAGCAGGCGGACGACGCCACCACGGUCGAGUCGCACUUCGGCAUCUUCGACGAGACGGGAACCAUGAAGUCGGCCUACGCCGACCUCAAGUUCACCAAGACGGGCGACUACUCGACCUCCUCGGGCAGCUCCACCACCACCAGCUCCGGUUCGUCCAGCGAGGCUGUGGGCACCGUCUCCCCCGGCGGCAGCGGCACGUCCACCACGACCAGCUCUGGUACCACUGGUACCACUGGAACCACGGGCACCUCGGACGCCACCACGUCGUCGUCGAACACCGACACGACGUCUAGCGCCACGACCGCUGACAGCGGAUCGUCGCAGCUCAUGGCCGCCAGCCUCGCCGCCUGCCUGGGUGUCGUCUCCACCAUGCUCUGGAGCCUGUAAGCAUGUUCGUAUAGCUUCCGCGGUAACUAAUGCACAAAGUGAGCUGUU